UUUGCUUUUUGCAACACUUGAACUGCAUCUUUGCUUCUUUCUCUCUUUUUUUUUUUCUUUUUUAGCCUUUCCACCACGCUUCUUCCUCUUUGUUUGAUUUGUCAAAGAAAGUUUAAUGACCGACGUCAAGCCUAAACGGUUUUCCUUUGCCGGCUUAACAAGCCUUUCACGAAGCUUUUCAUUUUCGUCUGCAACCAAACCAACCGCGGCACCAAUGCCAUCACAAGCACAAGCACCAGCCUCAACCCCUUCAUCCACAACGUCGCCUUCCAGUGCCGAUGAACUCCGACAAAGCAGACGAGCGCAAAAGUCGCAAAGCUUGUAUAUAAAGUCGUUUCGCAAGAAAGAAGAUAAAGCACCGUCACAGUACGACGCCAAGGAAGCUGUUCAAGCCAACGGAAAAGAAAUUCGUAACAAUAUCCGACGGUCGCUUUCAGCUGUACUGUAUGCGUCGCCUCAUUCUCACUCUCAAUCAUCGACCACUUCGGCCGCUUUGGUGCCUGUGUUGGUGACAGCGGACAUGUGCGAUGCCAGUGGAGGAAUGAUCAUUGAUGAACCUAAAGAAGAGACUCCCAAGCCUGCUCUGAAGAAAAAGCACGUCGAAUAUGACAACACCUUGGCGGUGAUGAAAGAGAAGGACGGGUCAUUGACAAUCGUAUGGCAGGGGUACGGAUAUUCAUUGGAGAAAAAUCAUGCCGAUUUAUCGGAGAUGAGCUUAAAUGAGCGGUUUGAGAAUGAUGUGUGGACUGAUUAUCGAGGGCUGAUCCAUCCGAUGCUUUUGUUCGCGGACAUGGACGAGUCGGUGUGGACAGGAUUAACGGUAUCGGAACUACGUCGAUACUUUGACAAUUACGGCUCCAUGAUGCUCAAAAUUCGGCAAACGCGCAUGCUUCAACAACAGCAACAAUAUCAAGUCCUCCAGCGUGAAGGACAAGCCCAAAACGAAUGGAUUAUACCCACGCAUUGUGACCAUCCACCUUUGGUAUCGGCCGCAUCCUCAUAGACACAAUACAGGCCUGUAACAUAGUUUCUACCUAAUCGUUCUUUUCUACCUAUUUAUUGAACCCCCCAAAAAAAGAUCAACACUUUUUUAUCUUAUCUUAUACAACCUAUAUUAAAAGUUCUGUA